GCCGUAUGCUUUCUUUCGUGCGCGUGUGACAAAUGACGUUGGGUUGUUCAUUUGCCUUUCCGCUUUCAGUACCACUUUUUAUUUUGAAAUACAUAUGUUUAUAUUAAUUCUCAAAGUGUACACCAUCGUCCUACGUGAAGAACUGUUCGCAAACAUGGUUAAAAUGUAAUGUGCUGUGUAAUAUUUAUGUGAAGUGAUAGUGCAAUUUUGGAGGUAAAAUGCCCGCUUCCAUUUGCGACCCUGUAUCAAGCGCAUUGCGUUUGUCCCUCGCCGCAGAUGAAACCCAGGGUUCAUCUUUGCUGGACAGUAGACUGUAUUCUUCUGCAAAAAGUGUGCUCCUCUCGAAGAUAGAAUUCGAAGAAUCAGGCGAUUAUCAAAGCAACGUUCUCGAUGGACUGAAAUCUAAAUACGUGGUCAUACGACCUAAAAAACCAGUGUUGGACAGUAAACUACUUAAAAAAGACGGAAAUGCAGCAAACCAGGCAUCAGAAGGAAACAAAAACGAAGAUGGCUUACCAAAGCCAAAACGUGUAUUGUUUCCGUUGAGAAGCUCCAGUUGGGAUGGCAGGGGUCCUGGUCAGCCGGUGCCGGCAUGCAAAAUGUCGGGAACACCUGCUACCUGAACUCAACCCUGCAGGCAUUGUUUCAUGUUCCUGCAUUUGCAAACUGGCUUAUGUCUGAAGCAGCACAUGCAGAAAAAUGUAAUCAACAAGAAGCUUGUGUCAUUUGUGGCAUGCGCGCUACACUAAUAGCCACACAGAAGAGUGGCGGAGCCCCCAUCAAGCCGUGGCAGGUUUAUUCAAAACUGAGGAUAAUUUGCCGGCAUCUGACCCCUGGCAGACAGGAAGAUGCUCAUGAGUUCCUCAGGUAUCUUGUGGAAGCCAUGGAGAAAUGUUACCUGUCACGGUUUAUCAACUCCGACAAACUUGACCAGUACAGUAAGGAGACGACUCCUCUAAAUCAAAUCCUUGGUGGAUACUUGCGCUCCACAGUGCGGUGUCUUGCGUGCCAUCACCUCUCAACAACUUACCAGCAUUUUCAGGACCUGUUAUUAGAUAUAAGGAAGCAUUCUACAUUAGAUGAGGCACUAGAUUCAUUUUUCUCAAGAGAAAGGCUAGAAGACUUAGGAUAUAAAUGUGAAGCAUGUAAUAAAAAGGUAUCAGCAACAAAACAAUUUUUCGUUGAACGAGCACCAAUGGUGCUCUGCAUCGCUUUGAAGAGAUUCUCUUUAGUGGGAGGAAAAUUAUCUAAACAUGUGCAAUUUAGGAAGAAGAUAUCCCUCAACAAAUAUAUGUUCAAUAAGAACAACCAUCAGCAGUUGUCAUACAAGCUGGUGAGCCUGGUGACGCACCUGGGCCCCGGGCAGAACUGCGGGCACUACACGGCGCUGGGCCAGGCGCCGGGCGGGCAGUACUGGCAGCUCGACGACAGCGCCGUGCGCGCCGCGCCGCUCUCCGCCGUGCUCGCCACCAACGCCUACAUCAUGUUCUUCGAGCGCGACGACGCCGGCGUCGGCGUCGGCCUCGACCGCCUCGAGCGCGACAAGAGCCCGCUCAAGCUCACCUUCUACCGCGACGCCAGACCCAACAGCACCUCCACCGAGCCCAAACAGGACCCGGCCAGGCCCGUCAUCCUGAACAGCACCCUCAGCAAAGCCGAACACUCCGACUCCAACACCGAACCCUGGGUGCUCAAACAGAACGGCGAAGUCGAGAAAGUCGCGCAGACCCCCAAAAUCACGAUUGACAAGGGCGCCAACAGGAUAAGCUUCGUCGUCAAGAGUCAAAACGGCGACGACGACUCGGCGCCGCGGCGCCACAAGCUGUCGAAGAGCGACCCGGACCUCCGAUCCCUCCCUAUUAUAAGAACUACUCCCGAAAAGUCCCCCGCGUCCACGAGUAAACUAGUCAGGCCCUCGAAGUCACCUCUGGAAAAGCUUGAGGAGCAGAUGAAUAAGAACGACUUCUCUAAUCAGAUCCCCAGGAACGGCAACGGGAACUCGAAGCUUGUUCCUUACGAUUCCGAGUCGAGCGGCGACGAGCGCGGCUCGGACGAGGGCCGGCGAGCGCGCCACGCGCCGCUCGUGCUCGGCACCAAGGCCAGCGUGUGGACCGUCUCCAGCGAGGCGGGCGGCCCGCUGCUCACAUGUCGCCGCUCUCCGACCGCAGCUCGCCCGCCGCGGCGCGCCGCGUGCAGCCGCCCGCCGCAGCGCCGCCGCCCGCGCCGCGCAAGCCGCCCGCACCCGCGCCGCUCGCCGCCGCCGACACCGCGCGCCACCUCAACACGCUGUCGCACCGCGGCUACGGCGCGCCCGUCGACACCUGGAACGGGGGACACAGUGCCAUGUCCAGACAAGUGUUCGAAGAGCGGCGCGAGGAACGCAAGCGCGCGCACGAAGGCGUCGACGACAUGGACCGCGGCCGCACCAAGAAGCUCAAGACCUUCCAUCACUACAACCGCUUCAACAACCGCAACUCCUACAACCCCUUCCAGGAGAAGCAAAACAAGCCACACUGGGGCGGCGGCGGCGGCGGCGGCUUCAAGUACCGCGCCGAGCGCCGCUCGCACCACUUCAACAAGCACCACAACAACAAGUACAAGCGAUUCAAUAGGUACAACGGGCACCACUACCCGCGGCACCAUUGACCCUGGCUGGUCAGCCUGUGCUUCACCUGUACAUAUAGCGUAAACGUACCCUAGUGUAACUUAAUCUAAGUCCGCUCUACAGUGUUUUUAUAGGCGUCUCAACUAAGUGUAAACGAACCUUUAGAUAUAAAACACCAAGUUAAGUUUCUUUACAUUUAGUAAUAACCUAUAUAAAUACACUAGUUAGUGUAAAACUACACUUUAUAAAAUUGUUGCGCUGCCAUUAGAGUCCGAAAACUAUUGUAGAUUGCAAAGAUUUUAUCUAUCGAAAACAAUAGUUAACUGCCAGAGUCAGCCUUAUAUGAAUACUAUCCGAAAGUCUCCUAUGUAUCCAAUUACAUACCUGUUAUAGUGUAGUGGUUACAUUAUUUAUGAUUUAUUCAUUAAAAUAGUCAUUUUGCCUGAACAGUGAUUAGUGAUAAUUUAUCAAAUAGACGUACUAUUUUCUAUCAGUAUAUACCUUGCAAUAAUUAAUUGUUACAUCCAUAAGCUAAUUGUUACCUUUUGGAGUAAAUAGUUCACUUUAAAUAAGACAAAUAUGUCUGGAGAUUCCUUUACGCGACACGCGUCAGUGUCAGAAACUCAACCGGACUGAAGAGUAUUUUUAUUAUAAUAAAACAGCCAGCGUAUGGUUAAAUUGUAUGCAUAAUUAUUAUUUACAAGGAGUUAUCGAGAUAAAAUGUAAUAAAGAAUAAUUAUGUAAUUUAAGCAUGUGUAUACCGAAGCCACCAUUACUUGAAGGUUUUACGUAGAAACGGGCGCUUGUUUGAUUGAGAUUGUUGGAAUUAAGUGAAACCACGAUGUUUAUGCGUGAGGAGAAGACUAAUUCUUUCAGUAAAACAUUAUAUAGAUAUGUAAUGUUUUAGUUUAUUCUGUAAAUACCUUCUUUGAUUUCCUUUCAAAUAUUCGAUCUUGUUUAUUGUAUUCAGGGAGUCUGUAAACUUGUGGGCGUAUUGAUGUUCUUGUGGUAAGCAAAAGCUUGUUAGACGAAUUCGCAGGCAGCCUUACAAGUCGCCUUAAAGGCUGCCGAUCUUUGUAAAUAGUGAAAAACUGAGCUUUUUCGGAGUUGCGUGAAUGGUGAUUUGAUGAAUGUUAUUUCGAAAUGUGGCAAUAGCAACAUUUUAUAUAACAGCCAAAUGCGUCGUCCCUCCAGUACUUUAUAAGAAAACGUAGGUUUGCAUUUAAACGAAGUUAUAAACGAUGAAUAACAUAUUGUAGUAUCUUUCGUUGCAAUAACAUAACAGGUAGUACGACGAAUCAAGUGGCUGUUUCACCGAUGGUACUAGUGUGGUAUUCUCGUUUUUAUUCCCUUGUCAUGUAUUUAUUUUCAGUCUCAAGUAGAGAAGUUUCCGUUGUGCGUAUUUUUUAUUCAAAGCUUUAACAUAUAUCUAUUGACGUAUUUGGAAUAUUUUGACGUAGCCCUAGUGUGAAAAAUAAAAGUAUAUACGCGGUAAUUGCACAGCGUGUCUAAAUAAAUAAACUAAUUGAAUACAAUAACGUUACUUGUGUUUAUUCUUCCAACUUAGGCCAGUCAAUUUCAUAUUAUAGAUAGACAUGUCUGGUGUAUUGCUUUCCUUCUAAAGAUAUAAUUUUAUAUUUCUUUAAAAACGCCAGUCACAAAUGAAAAAUCUAGUAAAAUGUAUUAUGGUUGCGUGUCAACUGUCAACGGAGAUCAAUACAUCGGACUGCUUUUGAAUGAAGUGUUAGGUAAUUGGGUGAAACCUUUGGACUUAUAUAUACAGGGUGUUUUUAAAUCCUCAGUCAUAUUAUACGAAUGAAUUUUAGGUCGCUAAACAACAAACCUACCCUGAAAUUGCGAUAAAACAUCAUCAUCCUCCUGUGUUAUACCGGCAUUCACCUCGGCUCGUAAGAGCCUGGGGUCCGCUUUGACAACGGACCUACAAAUUGCGAUAAAACACAAGGGACCCAAUUGGCAUCUGGACAUUUAUAAAAUAGCUGUUUAUUUAUGAAAAUGUUAAGAAUUUCUUUUCUAAUCAUCUCCCACAAUAUGACAAAGUAGGGUUAAAAAACCCCCUGUAGUUGUACAAGGUAUUUCUUGAGAGGGAUGUUUGAUGUACAGAGCUCGGAUAGGGUGAGAUUUGUGCCUCAAUAUGUGUCACAUUAUGAAUAAGGUCAUUGCUCGCCCUGCCCGACUUCUGAUGAUGUAGCUAGGUAGUCUUAAUUUGACCUCAAUUUAGAAGGAAAAACUAGGCGUUUGUAUGAUUAUAUCAAUGUGGGCUAGAGUUAAACAUUUUGUAAUAUUCAUUGCAACGCGUAAAUGAGUAAAAAAAAAAUAACUUACAA